AUGCUCGGGUAUAAGUAUAUUCUGUGUGCCUGUAUCUACGUGCUGGCCGUUCGACUGGCGUCAAGUGACAAUUGUGUGAAGACUGGACCAUGUUCGUGUAAAUCGUCUAACGGUACCAUCGACUUGUCGCCCCUCGCGAGCACUGGUAAACCUAAGUACAUGGAUCUUCCCGAUGCCAGCAACACGUGGUUUUAUUCGUGGAAUCCAUGCACACCUUUCACAGAAGGAACUGGAAACUGUGACAAAGUAGCUGUGUGUCAGUCUGAUACGGCUUCUUCGUUUUGGAGUCUAGGAACUCAGGACUCUGCCAGUUUCUUCAUGGACGUCACUAAAGGUCUUCAGUUGCAAUACAUGGCCGAACAGGGAGACACGACACGCACUACAUUUGUCACCCUGAUCUGUGACACCUCGCAAGAGGGCAGCGUCACAUUCGAUGGAGAGGUUCCCGUCGGGUCGGCUCUGUUCUACUUCACUUUGAGAAGUAAAUAUGCUUGUGCAGGAGGCUCGGGGCCGGAUAUAACAGUGACUGUGAGCAUCUCUGCCGGAAGUAUCAUGUGCAUCAUAUUUUUCGUACUGUUGUUUGUGUACUUCAGUAGUGGAGUUUCUUACCAAACAUUUGUCCGCAAAGCGUCCGGUCGAGAGAUGAUUCCAAACUCUGGCCUCUGGUGUUCUCUGCCGGGUCUUAUUCGGGAUGGCGUUUUAUUUGUGAUACGAUGUGGCAAGACUGGCACCUAUGAUAAGAUAUAAAAGUGAUAAAACAAAAACACAUUCAACAUUGAAAGCAGAAUCAUCAAAUAGAACAUGUUACAGUAAAUUCGUGAAGGGGGUCGGUACCCCCAUGAGCACGGAUAUUGAUUUGAUUGGUGGAACUGGGGGACGUAAGCCCUUCUUGGUCCAUGAGCCAGGACCCAAAAUUUGGCCAUUUGGUACCACCUGGGGGGACGAAGGAAGGAAAGAAAUAUUUUAGUUAACGACGCACUAAACACAUUUUAUUUACGGUUAUAUGGCGUCAGACAUGGUUAAGGACCACGCAGAUAUAGAGAGAGG